CUUCUAUGCAUGAACCACUUACAUUAAAAUAGCUUGUAUGAUCAGCAGCAGAAUCACCAAUAAUUGAAUUUGCACAAGUUGGAUCCUCAUCUAUUCCACUAGAGCAGAUCUAUAAUUCAUUCAAAUACCAAUUACCUUAUAUGAUUUGUUGUCAUGAGCAUACCAAACUUCUUAAGGAGGAUGUUUAUAUGAAAAUGAAGAAGGUGGUUAAUGAAUUACCAUAUCUCUAUAGUGUGUCACUCUCCAAUGUUCUGUUGCUGCUACAUAACUAGUAAACCAAACAGAAAAUUCAUGACUUCCAAUACGAGGUGCUCCAUAACUGAA